GUCGCCAUAUUUGCUUGUAUCUUUAUAUGGGGAAAUAAAACACAGGGGUUUUGAGGGUCACGAUCGAGUAUACCUACAGGAGUUUGAAUAAAUUCAGCACUCAGAAAGGACGCAGAUAAGCUAUGUUCCAUGAGAUCAAGGGCAAGAACGUCGCCUAUGACCGCGACCACAGCCACGCCUCCUGGACGCCCAUACAGAGUGGUGGCAUUGUGUUUACGGCGCGUCCACUCACUGGAUUUGAGCCCGUCACCUUGACAUUGGAGGGUACGGGUGCAAUAGAGCUUGGAAUAACUACAAAAGACCCGCAGUCGCUUGGAGGUGCAGUGCCGGAAACCACGCAGCUGUUAGAAGGCUACCACUUCCUGAAUGAUGUCAAGAUUCACAAGCGGAAGUGCACGAUGAGUAUUAAUCUGGAUGAGUCAGCCAUGGAGGUGGUAUCGAGCUACGGGGGUGGUCAUUACAAGCACCGUAUCCAAUCAAACACGGACUACUUUGUUGUGGCGGAGGUUAAAUAUGGGGCAGUGGAACUUCGGCUUGAAGCAACAGGGAACGACAACACGCGCCAAGAGUUCUCCGAGAAUCAUGGCCGAAAUAUCAAGCGUCUAAAUAACCCUGCUGUAACAACGAGCCUUCACAAGAGCCCGGCCGCCCUGUGCUUUGUCAGCGAGCCGCUUUCACCGGAAGUGACUAUUAAACUCUCAUGCACCCCCAAACCAUACCAGAGCACUAUUCCCGGCAGGUUCUAUCUGCUACUCCGAUACACAAAACAAGACCCACGGGAGUUCCAGAUCAAAAACAGGGGCAAGUUUGACGUAUCAGUUCCGUUGGGCGACAACGACGAGGAACCCGCCUGGUUGCAGAUUGAAAAGCUAGAAAAGGAUGAGUGUACCGGAAACGCUGUAGUGCUCAAAUUCACGGGCGAAGCCAUCGAUAUCUGGUCCGCGAAGGGUCGACGGAAACGUACAACCUGUCACCUUAGGGCGAAUGAGAAAGUUUGGCUGGUCUUGGAACUGUAUGGAAUAACUGUUCGUGUAGAGACGAGUUUUCUAGAAGGCCCUAGUCCAAGUCACUUUCUGUGUCCUGACAUACCGGAAGAUCCUUAUGAAAACUCUGCUGUGCAUGCGUAUUAUCGGUAUGAUACGCCAAGCGAACACGAAAACGAGGCACUUCCUGUUCAAGGUCCGACGUUUGUGCCAGCGUCGACGGCCCCUCCGGCGUCACCGGAAGACCCGGUGUAUUUGAAAGACGUGAUUCAAAAACACUUUACCUAUUUGAAGAACAAUUUUACAGUGACGGACGUUAUUGACCACAUGUACGAGAACAAAAUGAUCACGCAUACUGAACUUACGUCAAUUGCAUCCCACCAGCCUGCCAUGCAAACCAGGUCGGUUCUUGUGAAUAUUUUAUCAAAUCGGCCGGUGAGCAAGAAAGCCUUUAUAAAUGCGUUAAAUAAGACUCACCAAGAAUUUCUAAUCGAAAAGUUUUUCCCAGAAAAAGAUUAAAUUGUAUGACAACCCGCCAUUUGUGUUGGGCCUUAACAGACAUCCGCCUUGUAUAGUUAAAAACAUUAACAGCACGUUUUUCAUUUCUCAGUAUUAAAAUCUGUGUUGAUGUAAGUAAAGAUAUUGUGUUCUAUUCUAAUACAUAUGUCCAAGCUGCAUGUCAAUGGUCUUCAUUCUCUUGUCCAAACCUAGUGCCCAACCACUUAGUGUUGGAGCUACAUAGGAGUCACAAAGGGACAUGUCAGCUUUUCUCCACAACUCCAUAUGUUUUUGAGGUAUUGACUUCCAAAUUCAUACACAUUCUUGGCUGUGUAAAGGAAAAGUAAUUUUGCACCAGAAACAUUUAUUUUGUGUGUGGUAUUUUGAAUAUUAUUUCCCUGUGAUUAUUUUUAUACUUAUUUGCUAACUUCGCUCAAUUGUUAUAAUAAUGUUUUGAAGUAUUGACUUCAACCGAAAAAAAGAAACAUUAGGUCUGUUUAUUUAGUUGUUGCCUUCUCGCUGCCAUAGGGAUAUAUAAGGAAAAUAUAUCACUCCUUGUGAACGGCAUGUUUAGGGUUUUCAAUUGUUAAUUAUGGAAGGCACGUUGGUAAAUGAUAAGGUGGCAUGUAUGAGUAUAAUGACGUGAAGUGGUUGUUAAAUCAUGGAAAAUAUUGAAAUAAGUGGUUGUUAUUAAACUUUUAUAGAUAA